CGGAACUUGGAACCUCAAACAGAAGAGACAAUGAGCACCCCUAUCGGCACCGGAGGCAACAAACUAGCCCAGCUAACAGCAACUACCCUGCUGCUAAUCACAUGUCAGCCAACGACUUCGUUCGUUCCUCAAGGACAUUAUCAUCAAGGGCUUCUACCGAUCAGAAGACAAACAGAUCCAACGAGGUACAACAACAACCAACGAGUCUCAGGUGCUAAUAGCAGUUUCGGUUAUCUUUCGGAUUAUCAUCCUUCAGCCAGAACCGUCUUGUCUUUAUCCACUCCUUUGUCAGACAGUGAGAAGACGACUCCUCAGAAAAGUGAUAGCAGUCUUAUCAAUGGGUACACUCUUUGUUGGAUAGCCACCGUCACUUCCUGGACCGCCGUUGCCAAUACAGCACUCUCCCGACACCCAACUCCCGCUCUUCAGGCAGCCAUAUCCAUUCGCCACAACUGCUUUACCAUCGCUCAAGCAUUGGCAUUUCCCAUUCCCAUAGUCACGGCGACAUUUCUGGCGCUGCAACAACCAGCAAAUGGUGAUGGGAGUGAUACCCCCAAACGACAGCAUCUGGGAAUGGCAAUGGCAUGUCUCUGGACGGCGGCUGGAGUCUGGUGGGGACCAACAUUUUCCGUGGGAUAUGAUCUCUUCUCGGCCUAUCCAAUGAUACGCUAUGGAGCUCCUACAGUGUUCUCUCUGGUGGCCUUCUUUUGUCUGGCCAAGUAUUGGAAACAACAACAACAAUCCGACACAGAUUCAUCGUCAUCAUCAAUCCCACAGGUAGCAUCUCGAAUGGUCCAUGGUUGCAUUCAGUCGUUCUAUGCAUUACUCAACCCCUCCAGUUCCAAUGCAUCAUCUUCACAACAAAAAGAAAAGACACGGGCGUAUGCACUCGUCACCAAGGGACUCUUCCUCUUGGCGAUUCUCCCACAAUUGGUUGGAUUUCCUACGGCUACCAUCCCUACUCUGUUGGGAAAACGACUGUCUCGUCUUGCUUCGGGAUUUACCCUCUUGGGUUCCGUAGUUGCUUAUUGUCUCUUUGAUGAAGCAGCAUCGAAAGAAGAAGAGUCCUCCACGAUGAAAACGCUCCGACGAGGACUGGGACUGGGUGCCGCGCUGCAUAUUGCACUUGUAUGGGCCAAAAUCAUUGGAUUCGAUGGUGGAGGAUUGCUCUUACCGGGACGAGGACUGUGGAAGGAUUAUCCGUCCUUGGUCAAUGCAUCCGGGGCCGCCACCGCGCUCAUGAUGCUCACAUACUCGUUGAUUGUGUUUGUGUGUUUUUCGUCUAGCUACUAGCCAGUAGCCAGCUUGGCCGGCCACUGAAGUCAUUGCUUUAUGUCCUAAUCGAUAUAAGCCUUUUGUCAACAGUUUGUAAGAGCAAUAAUCGUUUGGCCACUUCCAAAUUUUGGCAAUUUGAUCGACCACCGGGC